CACCAGGUAUUCAGUUAAAGGGAAAAAGCAGACAGGUAGAAAACAAAGCAUCCUUUAGUGAUUUAGGGAUCGCUGCCUCAGCAGUUAAAUCCAGAGUUCUCAUUUCAACGGGCAGCUACAACUCCAGGAAAUGACCUCACGUCCUGGGGGUCAUUAGCUCCCAGCCAGGGCAUAUAAAGGGCCCAGAGGGGCACGAGGACAUUCACACCCGAGAACACCCAGCUCCUCUCAACAGCCCACCCCACACCAGCCUCAGACACCACCAUGACUGGCUCCUGCUGCGGCUCCACCUUCUCCUCCCUGAGCUACGGGGGAGGCUGCUGCCAGCCCUGCUGCUACCGCGACCCCUGCUGCUGCCGCCCCGUGACCUACCAGACCACCGUGUGCCGCCCCGUGACCUGCGUGCCCCGCUGCACGCGCCCCAUCUGCGAGCCCUGCCGCCGCCCGGUGUGCUGCGACCCCUGCUCCCUGCAGGAAGGCUGCUGCCGCCCCAUCACCUGCUGCCCCACGUCGUGCACGGCUGUGGUCUGCAGGCCCUGCUGCUGGGCCACCACCUGCUGCCAGCCUGUGUCUGUGCAGUCCCCCUGCUGCCGGCCCCCCUGCGGCCAGCCGACGCCUUGCAGCACCACCUGCAGGACCUUCUCCUGCUGAGACCCCACCUCUCCCCUCAACGCACAAAACAUUCCCAGGUGCACAGAAUCAUGUGCAGACUCUUCCACCCCUUCUGGAUCAGAUGAGAGACUCCACCUUUGCAGCCUAGCUGAUCCACAAGCACGAAUUCAACAAUAACAUCCUGU